AUAUUCUCUUCGACGAUGAACCUCCCUCUGUCACACGGGAUAGCAUGUUGGCUCGUGGUCAUCCUCGCGUUCGAUGUCGACGCACAAUGUGGUAUGGAUAUUUUCGUCAACGUAUCAAUCCCUGACGAGACCGUUUACGUGUUCGAGGGCUCUGAUUCCAACACUACCAUCAUCGUCAACGAAAUCCUGCGCGAUGGUGAGCUGACAUUCAGAUCAUCCAAUCCUGCUAAAUUUACGAUUAAGGAUGGUUAUACGACUACGACACUGAAUACGUCCUCUGAUCUUCCCCGUAACUUCUCCGUGGUCAUCGAAGGUCGAGCCAUCUCUAUAGAAAAGCUAGAAGUCUAUUUUAAACCAUCGGGGAGCGAUGACCUAAUCGAGCUCGGCCAACAAACCAUCGGGGUCAAAAGAGUGCCGACAAUUUUACAGGCUGUAUAUAUUUAUAUCAUCUUGGCUUGGAUUGUACUCAGUUACCUUUCAAUGGGGGGGAGCAUGAAUCCUAAAGAUAUUUGGAAGAAAAUUCGACGACCUUAUGGUAUCUUGAUCGGCAUCUUCUGUCAAUUCAUCAUCAUGCCCGCUAUGACUUACAUGAUCGCUCUUCUCUUUGCACGAGGCGAUGACGCUACAUCGGUAGGGAUCGUCUUGAUAGGUACAGCACCCGGUGGGUGGCUUAGUAACAUCUUCUGUGCUCUACUCGAUGUUGAUCUGGUCCUCAGCAUCACCAUGACAUUCUUCUCUACCCUGAUCGCCCUUGGGAUGAUGCCCCUGAACCUUCUCAUCUAUGCUACGCCAUUCACUACUGAGAAUCAAAGAUUACAGACACCCUUCUCGGAUCUGGCUCAACAGCUUGCUAUCCUCGUCAUACCUCUCUUCAUCGGUAUUGCUAUCUCGUGGAAAUUCCCAAAAUUCAAGAAAUUUUGCAAGAAAGUGGUAAAACCAAUUGCUUUUCUCUUGAUUGUUAUUGGUAUAGCGAUGGGAGUACCAGCUGAUUUCUACGCAUUUUCACAAUCUCCAGGCUAUGUAUGGGCCGUCAGUUUUAUCAUUCCUUUCUUCGGAGCGUUCUUCGGCCUGUCCUUCGCCCGUAUCUUCGCCCGGGAUGUCCGUUCAUCCAUCACCAUCGCCAUAGAGACAGGAGUGCAGAACGCUAUCCUAGCCCGGACCAUUGUCUUUCUGUUCUAUCCUAGACCGGAAGCUGAUCUUCUAGCUCGCGUUACCUUGACGACGAGUUUGGUUACCAUCAUAGAAGGCGCGUUCGCUGUAUUAGUGUAUAACAUUUUCAGGUAUCUAUUGUGUAGACGACGAUGUAACAAGGCUCAGAAUGAGGAUGAAUUAGAUGGCGAGAAAGCCGUAGUCGAUGAUGACAUCAAGGCGAUCGAGAUCGAUGAGAAAAACGACAUCGGGAACAAUGGUCAAGCACCUGUGAAUGGAGCCGACAAUGCUGCUUUCCAGACAGAGUCCAAAUGAUAUGGAGCUGAUCAGUGAUAACAUGCCUACAGUACUUACUUCAUUCUUUUUACGUAUAUGUUUACAGGAAUCAUCAACAUUUAUACUCGACAUAAUUGCUGCAUAAUGCUGCAUUAUUUUUCUUUCUUUUUUGAUUUCCCUUUCUUUUUUUCAAAUACCCCUUUCGUAUUUCCCUGAUAUCUGUAAAACCAAAAAAAAAAUUAUCAAAACGUUGAUAUAAAAUAUAUGACAAUAGAAUUACACAAUUAUAGUCAUUAAAUUCGGGUGUGAAUUGGGAAAGAUCAUGUCAGUUUUGCUAAAAAUGCGUAACCUAAUUUACAUGCAAAUGAAAGAACACUUACGACAUGAUAUAUCAUCCACUGCGUUUAUAUUCUAUGUUACAAAAUACAAAAUGAAUUAUGAGUGCAUGAUAUUAUCACUUUCAUAUUGUGCAUAGGGCUACUCUCUGAGUUGUACAAAAAUGUUUUGUAAAAGUUUUAAUCAUAGGCCUUCAUCCAUCCUUAAAAUAAAAUGUCAGUUUAAUGUUUGUGUGAUAUUGUCUUUUUUUAAUAUUCAAUUGAACAUGCCCUUUUUUCUUUUUUUGGAAGGGGGGGGGGGGGUAGGUAUGGCAAAUUUUGCAUAGCAGGUGCAGUGAACAGAUAACCCUUUUCCUCCAUAUCGAACAUUGAUAUGACUAACUGAUGGACCCCCCCCCCACACACACACACACCCUCUUUCUUUCUCCCUCUCUCUCUUCUUCCUCUCUCCCCUCAUGUUCCCUACCAUGCUCUCACUCUUUCUCUACCUCUGUCUAUCUGACUCUGUCUUUCUCUCUCUUCCUCUCCCUUCCUCAUCCAUCACUUUCUUUCUUUCAAUUUUCCCUCACUCUCUCUAUCUUUUCCCCUACCCUCCCUCCCUCUUUCUCUAUCUCCGCAUUUUAUGUAUUCUCUGAACACCAUCUUCACUAAUUUGUUUUAGUGCACUCACCUUAUCCAGUUAUAUAAAUGACUGUAUCGUAGAUCUUAAUAAUCAUAUCUAUCUAUCUAUCUAUCUAUCUAUCUAUCUAUCUAUCUAUCUAUCUAUCUAUCUAUCUAUCUAUCUAUCUAUCUAUCUAUCUAUCUAUCUAUCUAUCUAUCUAUCUAUCUAAAAUCCUCAAAAAAAGUUUGGAAAUCUGACUUUGAUCGAUAAUCCCUCCUCGGUAAAUAUCAAUGUGUAAUUAAUAUUACUGAAUAGAUAAUUUAAUUUUCUUUAAAAUGAUACCCUACAUGAUAUGAUUAAGUUUCACAUGGAAGUGCAGUGCCUUGAAAUGUAGGGCAAGGUCAAAAUUCAAAAGUUGCAAAAUGACACAAUGUUGAAAGUCACUGUUCUUUUUUCCUUGGUGAUGAGUGAGAUUCUCAGCGGUUUCUUUUUUACUUUGAUCGAUAAUCCCUCCUCAGUUUUAGUAAAUAUCCAUGUGUUAUUAACAUCAAUGAAUAGAUAAUUUAAUUCUCUUUAAAAUUAUACUUUACAUGAUAUGAGUAUGGUUCACAUGGAGGUGCAGUGCCUUAAAAUAUGGGGCAAGGUCAGAAUUCAAAAGUUGUAAAAUGACACAAUAUUGAAAAUCACUGUUCUUUUUUCCGUGGUGAUGAGUGAGUUUCUCAGCGGUUUCUAUUAAUUGUUUUCAUGCACCUUAACAUCAACAUUAACAUGGAAUCAAACACACCUCUGCACAAGCAAACACACACACAAAAAAACAUCACUACAUAAACCAC